AUGGCCGGCCAUCUCUGCUGGGUGCAGAGCAACCUGUGCAGAGCAACCUGUGCAGAGCAACCUCGUCGCAGAGCGGAAAACUACGCGGCCCCUGCAGCAGCAGCAGCAGCAGCAGCAGCAGCAGCAGCAGCAGCAUCCAACGCAUUUGCAUUUCCGGUCGGGAUGGCCUCCCGGCGAUUUUCCCUGCUGGCGCUCUCCCAGGCCAAGCACAGCCCAUCCAUCUCAUCCGUUGUCAUCUUGGCUGCAGCGGGCGUCGCAGCCGCCCGACGAGCCUGGUCAGCGAGCCUGGUCAGCGACCCCAGCGCCACCAGCAAGCAUCAAGUUCUCAGCUUCCCCCCCCGACGAACCAAGCUGUCGACACAGCCAAAGUCGGUGGGCAGUUCCUGGGCUUUGGCAUCGGGCGGCGCAGGCUGGACAAGACGAGCCGCUGCCAGACGCGACGGCCUCGCUGGAUGA